GUUAAUGUUUUUUAUUAUAUUUAAGAUAACCGACAAAACCAAGCAAUUCAUUUAACUGGACAUCAAUGAAUAGCAUUGAUAGUUUCACUUUACAAUCAAUAUCAUCUGAAGUGUUCAAAGUUUUCCAAAUUUAUUGAGAUUACAAAAAUGUCCAAGCCCGACGUUAUGUUCCACCCAAUUAUUAGCUCCAUACAAAGAAUAGCUCUUUAUGAGACAAAAGCGAGAUUCUACCUGAUAGGUUCCAACAACACCCAAACUAGAUUUCGGGUGUUGAAAAUAGACAGGACAGACUCCAAAGAACUUGCUCUGAUAGAUGACAAAGUGGAGUAUAACAAGCAGGAGAUACACCAGCUGCUUAACAUGAUUGGCUGCGGGAAUCGUGCCGGGAAGACCUCCGGAUUCAACAAACUUGUCUCUGCUUUUGGGAUAGUUGGUUUCAUCAGAUUUCUAGAGGGAUAUUACAUCAUCCUCGUACGGAAAAGACGAAAAAUAGCCAUGAUCGGUGCCCACUCCAUUUACAAGAUCGAGGACACGUCCACCAUCUACAUCCCAAGCGACAGUAACAAACCUCAGCACCCUGAUGAGCAGAGAUACUUAAAGAUGUUCCUCGCUAUAGACUUAUCAACGAAUUUCUACUAUAGUUAUAGUUACGACAUAACACAUACUUUGCAAAUGAAUAUGGCUCCACCUCGGAAGCUAGCACCGGCCUUGUUCCCUGAACCGGUUACAGCAGCAGUUUACCGGUCUAACCUGCGCUCUAGUGAGGAGGAGAAGUGUAUUUGCCAGCAAGUUGAUGAUGAUGAAGAUAUAUUUGAGACUUGGAAGAGGCAGUUGCAGCAGAGACAUGAGAACUCCGGAUCGGACUCCAGAGCAAGUUUAGAGUUUGGUGUCCGGACUGUCCCGGAGUGGAGGUUCGUUUGGAACAGCCACCUGCUGUCGCCGGUGCACUCGCAGCUACAUCCCGACUGGAUUCUCUACAUCGUGCAUGGCUUUAUUGAACAGAGCAACCUCAACAUCUUCGGUCGUCCAGUCUACAUCACGCUCGUAGCUCGAAGAAGCAACAGAUACGCCGGCACCAGGUUUCUAAAGCGAGGGGCCAAUAUGCACGGAGAUGUGGCUAACGAGGUGGAAACUGAACAAAUUGUUCAUGACUCUAUGGUGUCCUCCUUCUCUAAUGGCAGCUUCAGCUCCUUUGUCCAAAUGCGAGGCUCGAUCCCCAGCUACUGGUCCCAGGACAUCUCCAAAAUGGUGCCCAAGCCCCAAAUCUCCAUCGACCUCAGCGACCCCUUCGCAGAAAUACCAGCAAAACACUUCAACAACCUCAUGAGGAGAUACGGAUCCCCUAUCAUGAUUCUCAACCUGGUGAAAAAGAGAGAGAAGAAACGCCACGAGUCGUUGUUGACGGACGUUAUCAGUAAUGCUGUGAAGUAUUUGAACCAGUUUUUGCCGCCGGAGCAUGGCGUUCAGUACUUCCAUUUGGACAUGGCGAGGAUGAACAAGGGGGCUGAUGCGAGGGUUUUGGAUAAGUUAGCGUUAUUCGCGCGGGCGGCAGUCCGACGCACGGGUGUGUUCCUGAGCGGAGCGCGAGGCCUGGACGACGAAGGCGACGAGGGAGGCGUGCCCGGACACCAGCGGGGUCGGCUGCAGACGGGCAUAGUGCGCGUCAACUGUGUGGACUGCCUCGACCGCACCAACACGGCGCAGUUCGCCAUCGGCAAAGUCGUGCUCGCUCACCAGCUAUACGCUUUGGGCUUGAUCGGGUCGCCCGUGGUGGAAUUCGACUCAGACUGCGCGCGGCUGCUAGAAGGGUUGUAUGAAGACCACGGAGACACGCUCGCGUUGCAGUAUGGCGGCUCACAGCUCGUCCACAGAAUCAAAACCUACCGCAAAACAGCUCCCUGGGCGUCCCACGGCAACGACAUAAUGCAGACCCUGAGCCGCUACUACUCAAACACCUUCUCCGACGCUGAGAAACAAAACACCAUGAAUCUGUUCCUGGGACUCUUUGUUCCGGAGCCCGGGAAGCCCGCCGUGUGGGAGUUCCCGGGGGACCACUGUUUGCACCAUCCGGAGGCUGUGGUUUAUAUACCGAGGAACAGAUCACUAACCAAAUGGUGGGACGACGACGUACUGAAGUAUUUGCCGUACCCGACCAACGAGAUGCGGAAGCUAUGCUGCGAGAUCAUCGGCAUGCAGGGUGACGCUGGGGCUCUGGAGAUGGUGGAUACGUAUCACGACUAUAACCGGCCCUUCGAGUAUACGGUGUUUGCAGAGUGCUACGAGUUCAAGAUGUGUCACACACUACGCGACCUAACACCAACAUUCGCGGAGAGCUUCAGUCCCUUCGUCGUGAGAGGUCGCGCUGUGACCAGAACGAGUACUAACCCCGGCCUAAGUGGCCGUGCCUCCACCGCGUCUAACAAUUCUAGCGAUUCAGACAGUGCGUCCUCUACUGACGACGAGUUGGCCAGCUCGCUGGGCGCGCGCGCGCCGCGCCCCGCGCCCGCGCCCGCCGCCGCCCCCGCGCCCGCGCCCGCCCCGCGCGCGCCCUUCGUGGCCGUGCAGCGCCGGAACAGACUCGCGCUCAAGGACCCCAGCAAGCCCGACAUGACUGUGUACAGACGCUACGUAAACUUCGAUCGGCGCUCGAACCCGCAAUAUAAGCCCAGCAGUCCAGUAACAGUGACCGUGAGCAGUGCGUUCACGAUCGACAGUUCAGCUGACGUCAUCCCCCCCACAGUGACUAAAGGGGCUAGAGAAAUGUACAGAGAUUAUAUUAGGAGAAGCACGGGCAAGACUUUCGUGUCGCAGCAGACUGUUGAUAUAUACUCGAGAUAUGUGGAGUUUGCGCAAUGAUCUGUGUAAAAAUUGUAUUAAUUAUUGAUCUCAAGUAAUGAUAACAUUUGUUUUGUUGUCCCAGACACUGUUUUAUUAUCCAACUUUAGAAAAGAAGCGUACCUACUGCCUGAUCGUACCUAAGUAUUUUGCUUGCAGCAAAAAUGGUUUAUAUUCACAAGAGCUGGCUCGAAUGGAACGAAUGAGAGAAUGAAAAAAUGGAUGCGUGUGACAAAUCAACUAAUAAAGUGUUAGCUCUUGACAGUUUCGACAAUGGACAGUGUAUUGAUUAUUGAUUACUAUUGAUGUCACUCAACAAUCGAAAGAUUUUGUUCAUUCCAUUCGUGCCAUAUUUCAUGAAACGAUUUAUUCUGUUGUUACAUGUUUAUGUAUAGGUAACCUAUUUGUAAAAUAAAAAAAUUAUCA